AGGCGUUGAUUUGAAGCAGGACAGACUGAUAAACAUAUAUUCAUAAAUAAAUAGAAACCAAAGGAGGAGGAGUCUUCUGAAAAUUCGAAAUUACGGAUCCACCGCCAUAGAUCCCUACCUUCCUCUCUCUCUCAACCUUCUUAGUCGCCGAAGCAUUAGGGUUUCGAGUAUUACUAGUGUUCCAAUGAAGAAAGGAGCUAAGAGAAAGGGUGCUUCAAAAGCCGGCCGCAAGGGUGCUGUCGCCGAGAGCCAGAACGAAGAGGAGGUGAUUGCCGAGUCUCUCGAGGCUGUUUCUACGGAGGAGGAGAGUCAACAGCCUAAGGAAGAUGUCGCCGCCGCCGACGACGAGAACGGAGAGGAAGACAAAGAGGUGGAUGAGGUGAAAGACGCGUCUUCCUCUCAGCAAAAGGAGGACGAGGGAGAAGAUAAGAAGAAGCCUGCUGCUGGUAAGCGAAAGAGAGGGGCCGCGAAGAAGAAGGAGAGUGAAGGGAAAGAUGAGAAGAAGAAGAAGGAGGCGGCGGCGGCUCCGAGAGGGAAGAAAGCAAGAGUGAGCAAACCACAGGAAGAGCCUGAGUACUUGGAGGAUGAACGUAAUCUGGAGGGGUUGUGGAAAGCUGCAUUUCCAGUUGGAACUGAGUGGGACCAAUUAGAUGCACUUUAUGAAUUCAAUUGGGACUUCAAACAUCUUGAAGAAGCAUUGGAGGAGGAAGAUGGAUUGCUCUACGGGAAGAAAGUCUUUCUUUUUGGUUCUACUGAACCCCAGUUAGUCCCAUAUAAAGGCGUAAACAAGAUUCUCCAUGUCCCAGCUGUUGUUGCUGUUGAAUCACCCUUCCCACCUUCAGAUAAGAUUGGAAUCACGUCUGUUCAGAGAGAAGUGGAGGAAAUCAUUCCAAUGAAGACGAUGAAAAUGGAUUGGCUUCCUUACAUUCCAGUUGACAAAAGAGGUAGACAAGUUGAUAGGAUGGACUUUCAAAUUUUUGUCUUGGGCUGUACCCGGAGGAGAGCUGCUCUCAGACACAUGAAGGAAGAUCUCGUCAAGAAGUACGAGUAUUGCCUUCCUUAUUUCUAUCAGCCAUUUAAGGAAGAAGAACUCGAACAGAGUACUGAGGUUCAAAUAAUGUUCCCCUCUGAACCGCCGGUUGUAUGUGAGUUUGACUGGGAGCUUGACGAACUUGAGGAAUUUGUCGAUAAACUGAUUGAAGACGAAGCCUUACCUGCAGAACAAAAGGAUGAAUUCAAAGAAUAUGUGAAAGAGCAAGUUCGAGCUGCAAAGAAAGCUAAUAGAGAGGCCAGAGAAGCUCGAAAGAAAGCAAUUGAAGACAUGAGCGAAGAGACUAAACAAGCCUUUCAAAGCAUGAAGUUCUACAAAUUCUACCCUCUGCCUUCACCAGAAACACCAGAUGUCUCUGGUGUCAAGUCUCCGUUUAUCAACAGAUACUAUGGAAAGGCUAAUGAAGUCCUUUGAUUGUCAGAUCUUGAGAACCCAGAAUAGCAUUUUUCCUUGGCAGCUUCAGCAGAAAUGAAACUUAUAGUUUGAUCACAAGUGCUCUCAGAAACUCUUUGAGCUUUAUUCAUAGUUAAAAAAGACGAGUAUGGACGAGGCAAUGUAUUAUUUGUCAGUAAUGAGUUUUUAUUAUCCUCCAAUAAUAAAUCCAGCGAUCCAUAAUUCUACC